GCCCAGGUCGGAUUUUUUAAAUGGAAACAAGCCCUGCCCCGCCCUGCCGCCCUGAGGCGUCCUCUGCACGCCUCCCAGCCCCGCGCUCGGAGGUCCAGCAGGAAGAGGCGAUUCCUCAGCGCCCACCCUCACUCUCCCGUGAAAGACCCACAAAGAAUCCAGAGACCCGCCUUCUGGGCUUCAGGUCGCAGCACCUGUCUGCCGCUCCGCUCGCCCCGCCCCCGGAAGUGACGACGACUGCGCGGCCCGCGUGUCCCGUCGGGCCUAGCGGCGGCGGCGGGAAGAUGGCGGCGGCGGGAUCCCUGGAACGGAGCUUCGUAGAGCUAAGCGGGACCGAGCGCGAAAGGCCAAGGCGCUUUCGAGAAUUCACAGUCUGCGGCGUUGGGACUACAAAUCCCGUGGCUGGAACGGUUAAAUACAGUGAGAGUGCAGGGGGCUUUUUCUAUGUGGAAAGCGGCAAGUUGUUGUCCGUCACCAGAAACAGAUUCAUUCAUUGGAAGAUCUCUGCAGAUAUAUUGGAGCUGGUGGAGGAGUCACUGGACCUAAAUCUGUUGAAUAAUGCAGUUCGCCUAAAAUUCCAGAAUUGUAACAUCUUACCUGGAGGGGUUUAUGUCUCAGAGACCCAGAAUCAUGUGAUAAUCUUAAUAUUAACCAAUCAAACAGUGCACAGAUUACUUUUACCACACCCUUCCCGGAUGUAUAGGAAUGAGUUGGUAAUCGAAAGUCAGAUGCAGUCAAUAUUCACUGACAUUGGAAAAGUUGAUUUCAGGGAUCCUUGCAACUAUCAAUUAAUUCCAACAGUACCUGGACUAUGCCCUAAUUCUACCACCUCAGCAGCCUGGCUUAGCAGUGAUGGGGAGGCGCUGUUUGCUCUCCCAUCUGCUUCUGGGGGCAUCUUUGUUCUUAAACUACCUCCUCAUGACAUUUCUGGUAUAGUGUCCAUUGUGGAACUGAAACAGAGUUCAGUGAUGCAGCGAUUGCUCACAGGGUGGAUGCCAACAGCUAUCAGGGGUGAUCAGGGGCCUUCAGACCGUGCACUCAGUCUUGCUGUUCAUUGUGUGGAGCACGAUGCCUUCAUCUUUGCCCUGUGUCAGGACCACAAACUACGAAUGUGGUCUUAUAAGGACCAAAUGUGUCUGAUGAUAGCUGACAUGCUGGAGUAUGUCCCUGUGAACAAAGACCUUCGGCUCACUGCUGGAACUGGGCACAAAUUGCGACUUGCUUAUUCCCCUUCCAUGGGACUCUACCUAGGAAUAUACAUGCAUGCUCCAAAACGAGGACAGUUCUGCAUUUUCCAGUUGGUGAGCACUGAGAAUAACCGCUAUAGUCUAGAUCACAUUUCCUCAUUAUUCACUUCUCAGGAGACACUGAUUGACUUUGCCUUAACCUCCACGGAUAUCUGGGCCCUGUGGCAUGAUGUAGAGAACCAAACAACUGUAAAAUACAUCAACUUUGAACAUAAUGUUGCAGGUCAGUGGAAUCCAGUUUUUAUGCAGCCUUUGCCAGAGGAAGAAAUUGUCAUCAGAGAUGAUCAAGACCCCAGGGAAAUGUAUUUGCGGAGUCUGUUUACACCAGGACGAUUCAUAAAUGCAGCUUUAUGUAAAGCUUUACAGAUUUUCUGCAGAGGAACUGAGAGGAAUUUGGAUCUUUCGUGGAGUGAACUAAAAAAAGAAGUUACAUUAGCUGUCGAAAGUGAGCUCCAAGGAAGUGUAACAGAGUAUGAAUUCUCCAGAGAGGCAUUUAGAAAUUUACAACAGGAAUUCUGGUGCAAAUUCUACGCCUGCUGUCUUCAGUACCAAGAAGCUCUUUCCCAGCCUCUUGCCCUACAUUUGAAUCCUCACACAAAUAUGGUGUGCCUACUGAAAAAAGGGUACCUGUCUUUUCUUGUGCCCUCCUCCUUAGUGGAUCAUCUGUAUCUCCUGUCUGAUGAGAACCUUGUGACAGAGGAUGAGACAACCAUUUCUGAUGAUGUGGAUGUCGCUCGGGAUGUCGUAUGUCUUAUAAAAUGCCUCCGGUUGAUUGGAGAGUCUGUAACUAUGGAUAUGUCAGUUAUGAUGGAAAUGAGUUGUUACAACCUACAGUCUCCAGAAAAGGCUGCAGAACAGAUUUUGGAAGAUUUGAUCACUAAUGACGUAGAAAAUGUGAUGGAAGAUAUCUGUAGUAAACUACAAGAGAUUAGGAACCCUGUCCAUGCCAUUGGACUUCUUAUACGGGAAAUGGAUUAUGAAACAGAAGUGGAAAUGGAAAAAGGAUUCAAUUCAGCUCAGCCUUUGAAUGUUCGAAUGAACCUUUCCCAGCUCUAUGGUAGUAGCUCAGCGGGGUGUAUUGUGUGCAGAGGCGUAUAUAGAAUUGCUAGUACUCGAUUCCUGAUCUGCCGAGACCUCUUGAUCUUACAGCAACUACUGAUGAGGCUAGGAGAUGCAGUGAUCUUGGGAGCUGGCCAGCUCUUUCAAGCUCAGCAAGACCUGCUUCAUCGGACGGCUCCCCUGCUCUUAUCCUAUUACCUCAUUAAGUGGGGAAGUCAGUGCUUGGCAACUGAUGUUCCAGUGGACACACUGGAGUCUAAUCUCCAACACUUGUCAGUACUGGAACUAACUGACUCUGGUACUUUAAUGACAAACAAGUUUGUAUCUAGCCCUCAGACAAUUGUGGAGUUAUUCUUCCAAGAAGUUGCAAGAAAACAGAUUAUAUCUCAUCUCUUCUCUCAACCAAAGGCACCUCUGAACCAAACGGGAUUGAAUUGGCCUGAAAUAAUUAUUGCAGUUACCAAUUAUUUAUUGCAGCUUUUGUAUCCUUUUCUUAAAACUACCUUUUAUGUCCUUAAGGAUUAUAUUCAACUGCUACAUCCCUGGUGUCAAGUCAAUGUUGGUUCCUGUCGAUUUAUGUUGGGACGUUGUUACCUAGUUACAGGCGAAGGACAAAAGGCUUUGGAAUGUUUCUGUCAGGCAGCAUCAGAAGUGGGCAAAGAAGAAUUCUUAGAUCGAUUGAUCCGCUCAGAGGAUGGGGACAUUGUAUCCUCCCCCAGGCUGCAGUAUUAUGAUAAGGUUUUACGUCUUCUAGAUGUUGUUGGUUUGCCUGAGCUGGUUAUUCAGUUGGCUACAUCAGCAAUAACUGAAGCAGGUGAUGACUGGAAAAGUCAGGCUACUUUACGGACAUGCAUUUUCAAACAUCAUUUGGAUUUGGGUCACAACAGCCAAGCAUAUGAGGCCUUAACCCAAAUUCCUGACUCUAGCAGGCAGUUAGAUUGUUUACGGCAACUAGUGGUAGUUCUCUGUGAACGCUCACAGCUACAGGAUCUUGUAGAAUUUCCUUAUGUGAAUCUGCAUAAUGAGGUUGUGGCAAUAAUUGAAUCUCGUGCUAGAGCUGUGGACCUUAUGACUCACAAUUACUAUGAACUUCUCUAUGCCUUUCACAUCUAUCGCCACAAUUACCGCAAAGCUGGCACAGUGAUGUUUGAAUAUGGAAUGCGUCUUGGCAGAGAGGUUCGAACUCUCCGGGGACUUGAGAAGCAAGGCAACUGUUAUCUGGCUGCUAUCAAUUGUUUACGGCUUAUUCGUCCAGAAUAUGCAUGGAUUGUGCAGCCAGCAUCUGGUGCAGUGUAUGAUCGCCCUGGAGCAUCCCCUAAAAGGAAUCAUGAUGGAGAGUGCACAGCUGCCCCAACCAAUCGGCAAAUUGAAAUCUUAGAACUGGAAGAUCUGGAGAAAGAGUGCUCCUUGGCUCGAAUUCGUCUCACUCUGGCUCAGCAUGAUCCGUCAGCAGUUGCAGUUGCAGGAAGUUCCUCAGCAGAGGAGAUGGUUGCUCUCUUGGUUCAGGCUGGCCUCUUUGACACCGCCAUAUCACUCUGUCAGACUUUUAAGCUUCCCUUAACACCAGUCUUUGAGGGGCUUGCUUUCAAGUAUGUAAAAACUUAUAUUUUAAUAGACUUGAUUUUCAAAUCUGAAAUUCAUUUGUCCUUUUUGAUGUUUUCAAGUGCUACAGAUGAAGCGUGGCGACUAUUGUCUACUUAUCUAGACAGGUACAAAGUGCAGAAUAACUUAUAUCACCACUGUGUAAUCAAUAAGCUCUUGUCCCAUGGAGUGCCUCUGCCCAAUUGGCUUAUAAACAGUUACAAGAAAGUUGAUGCUGCUGAGUUGCUUCGUCUAUACUUGAACUAUGACCUUUUGGAAGAAGCUGUGGAUUUGGUCUCUGAGUAUGUGGAUGCUGUAUUGGGAAAAGGACAUCAGUACUUUGGAAUUGAGUUUCCACUGUCUGCAACAGCCCCAAUGGUGUGGCUCCCAUACUCCUCUAUUGAUCAGCUUCUCCAGGCUCUGGGAGAGAACAGUGCCAACAGUCACAACAUCGCACUAUCCCAGAAAAUACUUGACAAAUUAGAGGACUACCAGCAAAAAGUUGAUAAGGCAACACGUGAUUUAUUAUACCGCCGGAACUUGUGAUGAGGAUUGUUACUAGCCUUUGAAACCACUUGGUGCCUCUUAGGGCUUAAGACUACUCUACCAGGAACCCUGUACUCAAGGCUGAUUUUCCAAACUGUAAAUGAUGUGUACAACACUCAAGUCUGCAUCCUGCACAAAAUAGGAGGGCAGAAGAGUCAGAGGACCUGUGCUUGCUGGUGGUGCUAACACAAUUUCUGCUUUUCAACCUUGGUCUCUCAAACAGCUACUUUUGUAUAUGAUUCACAGCUUUUUUAGAGUUUAUAUAUUUUUUUAAACUAUUGAAGACAUUCUUUAUCUUCAAAUUAAGACCUACUCUCACGUUCCAAAAUAGCUGAUGGUUGGUUUGUUAUAGCUGACCACCAAAAGCAGUCACUGCAAAUAUUUUAAUUCUUCCCUAUCACUUUUUGUAUUUCAAUGGAAUUAUUUUGGUCCAGAACUGACAUGUAUUUUCUGUAUUGCAAAUGGAGGCUAAUGACUUUAUGUACUCUUUUCAUUAUUUAUUGUGGAGUUUUUGUAUGAUCUUCAAUAAAGUAUUAAAUAAUUUGCCUA